AUGCUCAAACCGCAGCAAACUACUACCCGAGACCUCAUCUCGCUCGACGGGCUAUGGAAAUUUGCCCUAGCAUCCGACGACAACAGUACACAACCAUGGACAAGCCAACUGAAAACGUCCCUCGAAUGCCCGGUCCCAGCAUCCUACAAUGACAUCUUCGCAGACAGUAAGAUCCACGAUCACGUCGGAUGGGUGUACUACCAGCGCGACGUGAUUGUGCCAAAGGGCUGGUCCGAAGAACGGUAUCUGGUGCGCUGUGAAGCCGCAACACACCAUGGCCGGAUCUACGUCAAUGAAAAUCUGGUCGCGGACCAUGUGGGCGGUUACACGCCGUUUGAGGCAGAUAUUACCGAUCUGGUUGCUGCCGGAGAACAAUUCCGCCUGACCAUUGCGGUCGACAAUGAACUCACGUAUCAGACGAUCCCACCUGGAAAGGUGGAGAUUCUCGAGGCGACGGGCAAGAAGGUGCAGACUUAUCAGCAUGAUUUUUACAAUUAUGCUGGGCUGGCUCGGUCGGUGUGGCUGUAUUCUGUGCCACAGCAGCACAUUCAGGAUAUCACUGUUCGGACGGAUGUGCAAGGCACCACCGGGCUGAUUGACUACAAUGUUGUGGCCAGUACGACACAAGGAACCAUUCAGGUUGCCGUGCUAGAUGAGGAUGGCACAACCGUAGCGACAAUCUCAGGCUCGAACGGGACUAUCCAUAUACCAUCCGUGCACCUUUGGCAACCUGGCGCCGCGUAUCUGUACCAACUCCAUGCCAGCAUCAUAGACUCUUCCAAAAAGACUAUUGAUACAUAUAAGCUAGCAACGGGCAUCCGGACGGUCAAAGUACAGGGUACUCAGUUCCUCAUAAACGACAAGCCCUUCUACUUCACCGGGUUCGGUAAACACGAGGACACUAAUAUCCGCGGCAAAGGCCACGACGACGCCUACAUGGUGCACGACUUUCAGCUGCUGCACUGGAUGGGGGCCAACUCCUUCCGAACCUCACACUACCCAUACGCCGAGGAGGUCAUGGAAUAUGCCGAUCGACAGGGCAUAGUCGUGAUAGAUGAAACACCCGCCGUCGGUCUAGCAUUCUCCAUCGGAGCGGGAGCCCAGACGUCUAACCCGCCGGCUACAUUCAGCCCAGAUCGCAUAAACAACAAGACUCGCGAAGCUCACGCUCAAGCUAUCCGUGAGCUUAUCCACCGCGAUAAAAACCAUCCCAGCGUGGUCAUGUGGUCCAUCGCUAACGAGCCUGCCUCUAACGAGGACGGCGCCCGCGAAUACUUCGCACCUCUGCCCAAGCUGGCUCGUCAGCUUGACCCGACGCGACCUGUCACUUUCGCCAAUGUGGGUCUUGCUACCUAUAAGGCAGACCGUAUUGCAGACCUCUUUGAUGUGCUUUGCUUAAACCGGUAUUUUGGUUGGUACACGCAAACGGCUGAGCUCGACGAGGCAGAAGCUGCGCUGGAAGAAGAACUUCGCGGAUGGACCGAGAAGUAUGACAAACCGGUUGUCAUGACGGAGUACGGAGCAGACACGGUGGCGGGCUUGCACUCUGUCAUGGUUACUCCCUGGAGCGAGGAGUUCCAGGUCGAGAUGCUGGAUAUGUAUCAUCGGGUCUUUGAUCGGUUCGAGGCCAUGGCAGGUGAACAAGUCUGGAAUUUCGCGGAUUUUCAAACUGCGGUUGGUGUUAGUCGAGUGGACGGGAACAAGAAAGGUGUUUUUACUAGGGAUCGGAAGCCAAAGGCUGCUGCUCAUCUAUUGAGAAAGAGGUGGACGAACUUGCAUAAUGGUACUGCUGAGGGAGGGAAGACCUUCCAGUGA